UGAAACUGCAUGACAAGGCCUAAAUCCAGAGAUCCUAGACUAUAUAAAACCCACUUUAGCCACUCUCGCAAUACCACCCUUCUCUUUCGCUUUCCUCUCUCUCUCUCUCUCUCUUCCGGCAAAUCUCUGUCUGUUUCCUCACUGUCUCAAAUUUAUGCCGUCAGAAUCGAAACCCGCCAGAGUUCAGGGCUCUACCUCUACGGCGGCUUACCCACCACCAAAUAUGGCCGAGCCGCUGCCUUGUCCUCGCUGCAACUCUGUAAUCACCAAGUUCUGUUACUACAACAACUACAACCUCUUGCAGCCUCGUUACUUCUGCAAAUCCUGCCGCCGUUACUGGACUCAAGGUGGAACACUCCGCGACGUUCCCGUCGGCGGUGGAACACGACGGAGCUCUUCCAAACGCAACCGCUCUUUCUCCUCCUCUUCAUGCUCUGCUUCCCUCAUCACGAUGAGUCAAGGAACAGUCACAACCGAAGCCAAGGGUAGUACUGUAAAUUCAGGUCACGGAAGUUUUGCGUCUCUGUUAAAUGAGCAGAGCGAUGGAGCAGCGUUUCUGGCGUUGGGAAGUGGAAGUGAUGGGUUGGAUUAUGAGUUUGGAUGCCGGUACGGGUACGGUUUGGAAGAUAUGAGUAUCGGGUAUCUUGGAGGAGGCUUCGGAGGAGAGAUUCCGGUGGUGAAUGGUGGUGACACGUGGCAGAUUGGGGAGAUAGGAGGUAAAAGUGGGGACAGUUUGAUAUAGCCUGGUCUCGAUGCAAAGCAACAAUGUUAAGUGAAAAAAACCGUUUCUAGUUCUUGUCUUCUUCCUCUGUUUUCUUUUUUUGUUUGUUUCUUUUUAGAAUUUUCUGUUUGUUUUCUUUUCCUAGAGAGUAAAGAAGCAAACGUAGUGAAAGGAAAAAAAGUAGGAAGCUUUCGAUGUCUUUUUUAAGUUUUGAGGUCUAACAGUGGCGGUUUGUAGAUCCUUUGUUCUGUGAUGAACAUACUGGAUUGGCAAAAAAAUAUACAUAAUGCUCCAUCGUUUUUGAAUAGGUGUAAGUCAGUAGUCAGAGGCAUAUGGGUCCAAAGAGGAAAAAGUACAGUCGCACUACUGUUGUAAGAGAUAUUCCAUUGCUACAUCUUUGAAAUGACAAA